UCUGGAGCGCGGGGCGGGUGGCACGAUAUCCAGCGCGAGCUUUGAGAUAGUUGCAACGAUCUGGUUCAUACCGCGUUCAGCAUCCCUAUUCUACUACGCAUCCCAAUCGAAUAUUAUUUCAUGGAAUAGUAAGUGCGUCGUCUACCGACGCCGUCGCAGCGACAGUUUGGAAUAAGUACAUCCGCCUUCCUAUUCGUGAUGAAAGGACCGCAGCCAGAGCCAAUGUCCCCAACGGGACCCAGCCCGGUUGCAAACGCUGUAACAGUGCGCCCUCCUGGACUCGUGCCCCGCCCUGGUGGUCCGGCGACGGCUGGCCUUAGCGUCGUCCCAGUCUGCCAGCCUCUUGCUCCGCCGUCAAUGUGCCCUCCUGGUCUGGAGUACCUGGCGAUUAUCGACCAACUUAUAAUCAGUCAGCAAAUUCAGCUGGUCGAAGUGCUGACCGGGUUCGAGCAGAAGAACAAAUACGUCAUAAAGAACUCUAUGGGCCAGUUUGUCUACUUCGCGGGCGAAGAAACUGACUUCUGCACGCGCAUCAUCUUUGGGGGCAUCCGACCUUUCGAAAUCAGGAUCUACGACAUCCGGGGCGCCGAGGUGAUCCGGUGCUUCAGACCGCUACGUUGCGACUCUUGUUGCUUUUUCUGCUGUCUACAGGAGAUGGAAGUCCAGGCCCCGCCAGGAGUGCCAGUCGGUUACAUUCAACAAGAUUGGUCCGUCAUCUUCCCCAUGUUCACGUUGAUGAAUGCACGGAGAGAACCCUCGCUCAAAAUCAAAGGCCCUUUCAUCACAAGCAGCUGUUUGGGAGACGUUAAAUUUGAAGUGUGGACCGUGGACUGGCGUCACAAGAUCGGCCUCCUCUCAAAAAACUGGUCGGGGGCUCUGCGAGAGAUGUUUACUUCGGCCGACAACUUCAGCAUCUCUGUUCCCAUUGACUUAGAUGUGAGGAUGAAGGCUACGCUUAUUGGAUGUACAUUGCUCAUUGACUUCAUUUUCUUCGAAGGCAGUCGGAGUCCGGACCUGCCGGGAAAUUUGUUUAAUUAAGGACACCGUUCAUACUUGGACAGUUGGUCACGGCUAUCUAUUCCGCUUGACAAUUAGCAAAUUUUCACUAUUUAUUGUAGAGGAGCUUGUUUAUUCCAGAUAAAAAUUAAAAUGCCUCUGGCAGAUCAUUAAUACCCAGGGUUACAGUGA